AUGGACGGAAAUCGCAUUUUGGGUGAAGACCUCCCUCUCACCGUGGAACAGCUUUUUGAGCGUCUAGGGCAGAUAUCUGGCUAUACCUGGGAUUCGACGCUCCAGCCUAUCCACUCGUCAUACGAUCAUUGGCAGGUGACUGGCAUCAAAUACUCCUCCGACUCUGAAGGCGUUCUAUCUACCCCCGCUUCUGCUUCGUCCCACUCAAAGGACUCCAUUCCCCCACAGGAUUCCCCCAAGGCUGAAUCCAGACCGUUUUUUCGUCAGAAUGGCCAACGCAGCCUCAGUGAUGGAGGUAGUGGGGUCACCUCACCUCGCACAGACACGGACGCGAUUUUGCCUGUGGUUGCGCGCGUUUCAAAUCAUGUCAUUCGCUUGGAGCGGGAAUUUCACUCAAUGAAGACAAUCAUUGAUAUGUCGGAUCCGGAAUGCAAACACACAAUUCGCCCCAUUGACAUGGUUCGCCUGCCAUCUUCGCCUGGUCACCGAGGUUCCUACCUGGUUACAAUAUUCGAAUUUCCUGGUCCAAAUUAUCUUGGGCAAUUAUCUAGUUUAGGACCCACUUUCUACCAGCUCAACGGCCAAUAUAACCCGGAACUUUUCCCAAUGGUGGACGAAAUUCCAUUGCCUACCUUCUUGGACUUUGCUAUAGGGGCAUGUGAGUGCCUUGAGCUCCUGCACUAUGGUUUGAAAAAUGUCCAUGGUGAAAUCCGAGCAGACGCUUUCUAUUUCAAUCGUGAAACCGGGGCUGUUAAACUAUCAAACACCGGAAACGGCUCAAGAGCUUUUGACAACGCCCUCAGUGAGGGUUGGUCCACGUUAUCCAGGGAAUCGGGCGCAAAAGAUAAAUUGCGAUCCAUUGCUCCUGAACAGACUGGGAGAUUACUCACAGAGCCGGACAGCAGAACCGAUAUCUAUGCUUUGGGUGUUCUUUUCUGGACUAUACUGGUUGGCAGACCUGCAUUUGAUGGACAUGACCCCAUUGAGGUGGUACAAAACGUUCUCUCCAAAAAAUUAAGUUCAGUAUCGAGCAAGCGACUAGACAUACCAGACGCCCUCUCUGCUGUUAUUCAAAAAAUGGUUCAAAAGCAGAUUACAGAUAGGUAUCACACAAUCUCUUCUGUUAAACUAGAUUUGCAGAACAUAGACGACCUUUUGGGCGACGGCAAUUCUACUGCGCUUGCCGACUUUAUAGUUGCGCGAAGAGAUGUUACAGCAUUUUUCACCCUGCCUACCGCCUUAUUUGGAAGAAAAGCGGAGUGUGAGCGAAUUAUUGACAUUGUUCAAGGUGCUCAACAGCGUUUGCAGGGACCAUCCGUAAAUGCCAGCGCUAAAAAUAAUCUUAACGUGAAACAUUCAUUCAGCUCAGGAUCUUCUGCAUCAGGUGAACGGCCUGAUGCCUUGGAAGCGGGGGACACCUCAAGCGAUUCUGGAUCUUUUGGAUUGGCAGCUUAUAGGAAUAAAUCUGCCCUCGGAGGUCCUCCGUUACCCCAAGCUUCACCGCAAGAGUCAGUUAAGAGCCUUGAAUCCACAACAUCAACACAAAAGAAUUUGCCCUUGGGCCGUGUCAAAAGUCCUACAGAUUCUCGCAUUUCCCUCGAUAAUAGUGAGAAAGACAUUCCUCCAACUAGUCUUAGCACUCAACUCGAAAACUUUCCAUGGCUUGGAAAGCUCAUGGCCCAAUCUAAAUACCGUCAUGGUGGUAGGUGUGAAAUAAUUACAAUAUCAGGUGCUGGAGGUAUGGGAAAAUCAGACCUGAUACAGAGGGUUCAGCCAGAAAUUCGUAAAUGUGGUUAUAUGGCCGUUGCACGACUUGAUCGAUCCCGCAGAGUUCCUUUUGAGCCUUUUAUAAAAGUUCUUGCGACCUUGCUGCAACAGAUAUUUUCUGAGCGCGAUAUUGCCACCGAUUAUCACAAAUCCAUCCGCCUAACACUCAGACCAGUAUGGCGAGGUCUUCAUCGAACUCUCGAUCUUCCAGAGCAAUUGAUAUAUGAAUAUUCAGACAACGGGCAGGUGCUAUGCUCAGGACCUACAGAUCCCUCGCCAGACGAUAUGGCUGAAAGUGGGAUUAUCGGCUUUGCCGGUCUUAACUUUGGGAAAACUCCCAAAAAUUUCUCUCAGGAACCUCCGUCGGCGAAGAACAUUCGAUUUGCAGAUGUUUUCAUGGAUGUUCUAAGAAUAAUAACACUUUAUAAAUUAAUUUGUAUCUGUCUGGAGGACGUUCAAUAUGCUGAUGACGAAACCUCUAACCUAUUACUCGAAAUAAUGCGGACAAAGCUACGAUGCGCCUUUAUUGUUACGGGCCGUCCGGAAGAGAUCACUUCUGCUGAUGUUCGGCUGCUUUUCCAUACUGAAGGCCCCCAGAUUACAAGAAUCGAGCUUCGCCCUCUUAGCGAGGACGAUACUCUCGAAUACGUCGCUGCUACGCUUCAUCGUGCCCCAGACAAGUCACUAAUACCACUUGCGGCCAUUGUACAAGAAAAAAGCAAAGGAAUUCCGUUCUACGUCAGGUUGAUACUGGAAACCUGUAGCCGCAAAAAUUGCAUCUGGUAUUCCUGGAGGGAUUCUACAUGGCAAUAUGAUAUCGAUCGAAUCUUCACCGAACUUGCUGCACCUACAUACGGUGAAGGCCUCGAAAUCGACUUAGUGGCUAAGAGAUUUGAAGAGAUUCCUUCGGAAGCUCGAUCUAUUCUUUUAUGGGCCGCCUUGUUGGGGAGCCCAUUUAGUUUUUCUGUGAUACAAAAAUUACUGACCAGUGAGUUUUUGGAUGACACAGAUGAUCAAGACAGUGAACAUGCCGACGGCCGGAAGUGUACCAAGCUUACACAAACAACCGACGGUAUCGUCGCUGGACUCCAAUACUUACUACAGUCGUAUAUUAUCCUUCCAGGGGAUACCGAUGACGAAUUCAGAUUCUCAUUUGAUCGCUACGCGCAAGCAGCGGCUUUAAUGAAACGAUGCCAUGACCAGGAAAAAAUGCAUUUUGCUAUUUCACAGACAUUGAUGAAGUAUUUUGCUUUGGAUUCAACCAUGUUGUAUUCUAGAGCACUCCACAUCACCCACGCAGCAAAGCUGAUAAGAGCCCAAGUGACGAACCGCAUUAAAUAUCGCGAUGAAUUAUACCAGGCUGCUGCCACGGCACAAAAAGCAAGCGCCAGCACUACUGCCCUAACGUUUUACCAGACCUCCAUUUUUCUUUUGCAGGACGAUCCUUGGGAUACCACUAAACCUGAUGUCUUCUAUGAUGAAACUCGAGAGCUUUACUUCAGAUCCGCGGAAAUGCUGCUUGCUCAGGGCCGUGUGUCAGAAUCCACCGAAACUUUAUCCGUCAUCUUUGAAAAUGCCCACACACCAGCAUGCAAAGGCCGCGCUUGGGUUUUACAGAGCCGCAUUUAUGCAACCCAUGGAAACAUUAGAGCAGCAUUAGAUAUUUUAUUAGCUGGCUUAAAUGAUCUUGGAGUGACAUUAAGCCGAGAUACGUCUUGGGAAGAAAUUGAUAAGGCCUACGCAGAGUUGAGAGCAUACCUCCACAGCGCAGACUUAAAGGCUAUGUUUUCGCGGCCUCUCAGCGAAGACGGAACUUUACUCGCUAUUGGAGCUGUUAUGGCAGAAACACUCGGACUGUGUGUCUGGACUCAGCCAAAGUUGUUCUGUCGAUAUGCAGUUGAACUGAUGAACAUUUAUAUAUUUCGAGGCCCUUUUGCUCAGAUUGCCUAUUUGUGCACGCAUCUACUUAUGAUUCUGACAAGCCGCUAUAAGGACAUCGAGUUAGGGACUAAACUCAGCGACGCUGCAUUAGAAUUCCUCGAGAAAUUCAAUGAGCCUUCGUUCGCCUCGCGUGGGAUUCUUAUUCACAAUGUUUUCGCAAAUCAUAUGCGAGUCCCCUUGGCAUCAACAAUUCCUAUGCUUGAAAAAUCCAUGGAAGUUGCACACUUGCUCGGAGAAAGACAUAUAACGCUCUUCACUAUCGCCAUUAUUGUUGCCACUGGCUUUUCAGUUGGACAUGACUUUGCAGAACUUGAGCAACAUUGCAACUGUACCAGUGAGGAGGUGAGUGAUUGGGAUAUUGAUGUGAGAGGAGGACCCAUCAUCAUGGCUGUCAGGCAAGCAGCUCGCGCUCUCCAAGGGAAGACCUUUGUGAACAUUCCUGAACGAGUGUUGUCCGAUGGUUUGCAUGAUGAACAGCACUACCUACAGUCUCUUACUUCUCGAGGUUCAAACAUGCACUCGCUCUACUCUUACCGUGCGAUGAUGCUCAUUCCACUCUAUUUGUACGGUCAUUACGACAGAGCCGUGGAAAUUGGUACUGGGAUCGUGAAUAAUAUCGAAUGCCUCUGGUCUUCUCGUUUUGCAACUCAGACAUAUUUCUACUUAUCCCUUGCGAUAAUGUCCCGUCGCCUCGAAAACCCGGGCCGGCCAGGCCUACAGGAGGACAUUAAGCUCGUGGAGCGUUUUAAAAGCGAAAUCGAAUUGAUGGAAACAGCUUGCCAUACAAAUUUUGCUAUGUGGUCAUUAAUAGUCAAGGCAUUGCUCUGCGAACUGAAUGAGGACUAUUCUGCAACCAUGCAAGCCCUAGAGGCCACACUUGACCACACACAGCUUCACAAUUUUCCGCUUGAAGAAGCAAUCGCUCUCGAACUUCAAGUCGAUUUCCUCGUCCGCCGCGGUGCAAGACGUGCCGCACAGGCUAUUUUGGGGCAUGCCAUUCCCGCUUGGAAUAGAAUGAGCGCCAUUGGAAAGGUCCAGCAAUUAACAGAGAAAAACGAAUGGCUAUUAAGAAUGGGGAAUAUCUCACGAUCUAGGGAUGCCGUGUGUCAAACUGUUGAUACCUUGGCUGUGACUUCAAGUCAGGUAUCGGACCCGGCCCCCAACAUGUCCCGUCUCGAAGAUGAUCGUGGUAGAAAAUGGCUAGAACAGGAGCAGGAUUGGACAGAUGGAACCCUAGAUAUCUCACGAGUUGGUCUUGAUAUUAUCGAUUUAUCAAGUAUCCUUGAGUUCAGCCAAGUGAUGUCGUCGGAGCUUGAAAUAGACAAACUACUCUCUAAAAUGGUCGGUAUUAUUCUCGAAUCAUCCAGUGGUUCGGAACUGGCUCUCGUUAUCACGGAAUUUGAAACCCAAGGUUGGUGUGUAGCUGCAGCUGGGGAGAUAGACAAAGGGGAGGCUGCCUAUCCAGAUGGGCUACCAUUCGCUGAAGUGGAGGACAAAAUGGCGCAGCAAAUCACCCAUUACACUCUAAGAACUCGAGAGCCGGUAUUGGUGCACAAUAUCGUCGAGGAUGAGCGAUUUCCAAAUGUCUCUGAGGCCUAUGCUGCUAGAAAUCCUGAAGGAAGAUCUGUUAUCACAUUACCCAUUAUGCAGGCAAACAACUUCCUUGGGGUCAUACACAUUGAAGGCAAACCCAACUCAUUUACGCAUCGAAAUUUAGUUGUCUUGCGACUUGUGGCCAACCAAGUCGGUAUUUCCCUUGCAAAUGCCUUCUUGUUUCAAGGAGCCCGCAAAAUCAGUGCGGCUAACGCAGCUAUGGUCGAGGCUCAACGUCGAGCUCUAACACAAGCCCGAGAAGCGGAGCAAAAGGCAAAAGAAGCGGAGGCUGAAGCCAACUAUAACGUUAGGCUGAAGGAAGAAGCUGCCAAGGCUAAAUCCAUCUUCUUGGCCAACAUCUCCCACGACCUGCGAACACCGAUGACUGGUGUUAUUGGGUUGUCUGAAUUAUUAAAACAGACACAUCUUGAUCGUCAACAGGACGUAUAUGUCGAGUCCAUUCGAGUUUGCGCGGAUACGCUUCUCACGCUUAUCAAUGACAUCCUUGACUUUUCCAAGCUAGAAGCAGGGAAAAUGAAAGUAUCCAUUGUUCCCCUCAACUUGAAGGAGACCAUUGCGGAAGUAGUACGAGCCCUUCGUUAUACUCACCGUGAUAGGGGUCUUGAAACCAUUGAAGACCUAGAUGACAUUGGAGAGAACUUAGUUGUGAUGGGAGAUCCAGUCCGUUUGCAUCAGAUUUUCAUGAAUCUACUCAGUAACAGCUACAAAUUCACGCCAAAGGGGUCUGUAACCGUGCAGGCCAAAGUCACUGAUGAGAGCGACAAUACGGUACGGGUUACUUGCACCGUCACUGAUACUGGGAUCGGCAUUUCAAGCGAGCAUAUGGCGCGAUUAUUCCGACCAUUUUCGCAAGCCGACAGUUCAACAGCAAGAUCUUAUGGCGGUAGUGGCCUGGGCUUAAGCAUCUGCAAGGCAAUUAUUGAGGAUGUUCUUGGGGGAAAGAUUUGGCUACGAUCUGAAGUGGGGAUCGGCACCACAGUUACUUUUACUGUAACCUUCAAGAAAGCGGGCGAAAACGCGGUUGCCAAAACGCCGUGGUCUCAGGAUAUAUCUUCUAUAACCCCCCGAGAAAAGAAGAGCCCAGCCCAGAAGCGGGUCGUGCGAGACCUGACCUGUAUUCCUCGAGACCAGAUCCGCGUUUGCAUCGCGGAGGACAACCCAAUCAAUCAAAAAAUCGCUAUGAAUUUCGUUCAUAAUAUAGGACUUAUGAGUGAGGUAUUUAGCGAUGGCCAGCAAGCUGUGCAGGCACUACAACAAUGCUCUAAAGACGGCAACCCGUUCCAUGUUGUUCUGAUGGAUGUUCAGAUGCCAGUCCUCGAUGGGUAUAACGCUACACGAAAAAUUCGCGAAGAUGACGAUCCAAAUGUGAAUGAGGUCCUAGUCAUCGCAAUGACUGCGAGUGCCAUAGAGGGAGACCGAGAAAAGUGUAUUGAAGCCGGCAUGAACAACUAUUUAGCAAAACCAGUCAGGUCAGACGUCUUGAGAAGCAUGCUGGACCGGUACCUAGCGCCACAGCUGAGGCGACUGGUGAGACCGAAAAUAGGUGAAAGUCACAGUAGCGGCAAGUCGCCGCCAAAGACGAUCUUACCAAUCCGGAAUGUAGCUGAUAGAGCUGUCUCAGCAACACCUUCUGACGGCAUAGCCACUAGUAACAAGAGUAUAGGCGCUUCUUAG